AUAAAGAUGGCGGACACAAUUCCAUUGUUGGAAUAUGAAUCAGCAAUGUUUUUGGAUGUGAUUAACGAAGAUGGCCUGCUCAUUACUGCAAAGGGAAUAACAACAGAUAAUAUUCUAAUUAAUUUCCUUAAAAUACAUUGUGAUCCAGCCUCAUUAGUAUUGGUUGUCAACACAUCAGCACAAGAAGAGGAUCACUUGAUAGAAGAACUGGUCAAAUUAAAUGCUCUUGCACCAAAAGCUGUUACAAAUGAGUAUGGUGUAUCAGACAGAGAGGUUCUGUAUUUAAAUGGUGGUGUAUUAUUUGUGACCUCUCGUAUUUUGGUGGUAGACAUGCUGACGAAGAAAUUGCCAAUACAUCUUGUCACUGGGAUAGUUGUGUGUAAAGCUCAUAAGAUUAUAGAUUCUUGCCAAGAAGCGUUUAUAUUAAGACUUUACAGGGAAAACAACAAAACGGGUUUUAUCAAGGCAUUUUCUGAUGCGCCAGAAGCGUUCACUGCUGGAUUUUCAAAGGUUGAACGAGUUAUGAAGAAUCUAUUUGUAAAAAAGCUUUACUUGUGGCCAAGAUUCUACGCGCCAAUGUCAGCUUUUUUGGAAAGACACACGCCUGAGCUUGUCGAGCUUCAUCUUCAACUGACACCAUCUAUGCUUGUGAUACAGACAUCGAUACUGGAUUUAAUAUCUACAUGUUUAAGGGACAUUAAACGCCUUAAUUCCUUUUUGGACCCAGAGGAGCUAACAGUUGAGAACAGUAUUAAUAAAUCCUUUGAUAAACUAUUACGCCUUCAACUUGAUCCUGUAUGGCAUCAGCUAAACUCAAAGACAAAGCAGCUUGUUGCUGAUCUAAAGGUCUUAAGAACAUUGCUAUUCUAUUUAACGCAAUAUGAUUGUGUAACAUUUUACCAAUUCCUUCUAUCAUUAAGAGCAAGUGAACGUGAUGCAGCAUAUCAUAGUAUGUGGAUGUUUAUGGACGCGACAGAAGCGUUAUUUGUGCAUGCAAGAGAAAGAGUGUAUGAAGUACACGAAACAAAACCUAAAGCUAAAAGGCAAAAAACAUUGACAGCUGUUGAGAAUAAAAGCGAAAACGACAACGUGAGUCGGGUUGAGAAAACCAGAGAGUUGGUUUUGGAAGAAAGCCCUAAAUGGAAAGUAUUAAAAGAUGUUUUGGAAGACAUUGAUAAAGAGAAUUCCUCAGAUAAAUCAGGUGAAACUAGACAUGUCCUUAUUGCUGCUUCAGAUCAACGCACUUGCUCUCAACUUCGAGAACUCUUGUGUGAAGGCGGUAAAGCUCUUCUCACUCGACUGUACGAGAAAAAUGAAAAUCGAAAGGGUUCAGAAAAGAAUUCAUCAACUAGCAAUGAAAAGUCAAAGAAACAGAAGGAUAAAAAAGCCAAGCCGGGUCUAGGAAGAAAGGGCAAAUCAAAAUCUGGGGUAUCAAAGCAAAAAUCGACAAGGAAAACAAAUAAGACGAUUGAUAAGUUUCUUAUGACUCGUGAUGAAGAGGAUGAGGAUAUAUGUCAAAACGAAGAACAAGAAGCUGAAGACUCGAGUAAGGGUGCAGGAAAAUUGUUACUGAAGACUGACAACCCAGACGAGUGUGAGAUAACAGAGAUAACAUUUGGUCUCGUUUCAACACCACUAAUUGUUAUUCAUCCCUUGAGUGGAACAAGUGACCCCUACAGUUUGACUCGUACCUUACAUGAAAUCGAACCACGUUAUGUUAUUCUUUACGAUGCUCAAAUGGAGUUUGUGCGUCAGCUAGAGGUUUUCAAAGCGUCACGAGCUGGUAUACCACUGAGGAUAUAUUUCAUGGUUUAUGCUGGUUCGGUUGAGGAGCAGAGAUACCUUACCCGACUAAGAAAAGAGAACGAAGCUUUUGAGAUGUUGAUUAAGUCUAAAGCGACGAUGAUAAUACCUGAAGAGCGUGAGGGUAAAACUGAAGCUGCUGUACAACUUGACCGUGAUCCCAGCAAACCUUCGAGUGUUGCUAGCACACGUAAAGGUGGUGGUCAAGAAAAGCAAGUUGCCGAGAAUAGAAAGAUAAUUGUUGAUGCACGCGAAUUUCGAAGUGAACUACCUUCUUUGAUUCACAAGAGAGGAAUUGAUAUCGAACCAGUGACUGUCGAGGUUGGCGAUUACAUUUUAACACCUCACAUAUGUGUUGAAAGAAAAAGUGUGUCAGAUCUUAUUAGUUCCUUAAAUUCAGGAAGAUUAUACACUCAAUGUGUGGCAAUGACAAGGUUUUAUAAACGACCCAUAUUGUUGAUUGAAUUUGAUCCAGCCAAAUCCUUCUCUCUCCAGGCCAAGUCAUCUUUAUCAAAUGAAAUAUCGCUACAAAAUGUCACAACAAAACUUGCUUUAUUAACGAUUCACUUUCCAAAAUUAAGAGUCUUGUGGUGCCCUAGUCCUUAUGCUACUGCAGAAUUAUUUGACGAAUUAAAGCAAAAUCAACCAGAACCCGAUGCUGCUGUUGCUAUGGAAAUAGGAAGUGAUCCAUCAUUGGCAGUGGGGGGAGAGCGGUAUAAUGCCGCACCCCAAGAUUUUUUACACAAACUUCCUGGUAUAAAUUCCAAGAAUUGCAAGACUGUGAUGAACAAAGUGAAGAAUAUCCACGAAUUAAGUGAACUGUCAGAAGAACGUCUUCAAGAAAUUCUCGGAAAUGCUGUCAAUGCGAAAAAGUUGUGGGAAUUUUUCCAUGAUAAUCACAAACUGGAGGCAAAUAAACGGUGACACAAAUUUUAUGUCCCAUAAGAUUUAUCUAUCGUUGAAAGAAAUAUCAGUGGAGGUAAUUCAAUGGGUACCUUUAUUUGCGCAAUAUAGCAAUUGACGUUGUCGAAUCGCUUACAAGUUGCUGACAUUUAGAAAUGGCUAAUGAUGCGUAAUCCUUCUAUGCGUUUUGGCAAGGUAUUUAAGGCUUGUGUACUAUGUAGGAAUUACUGCAUGGUAGGAAUUAGAUCGCAAAAAUAACUAAACUCGUAUUUGGUGAUAAAACUGACUUACCAACCGUUUUAUAUCAGAGGAUGUUGAAGGGGAUAAUGCCUACUAGCGUUUGAAGGG